AAUUUUUUCCUUUGGGACUCACUGAGAUUACUACUACCAAAUCCAACAAUGGCGAUUUCUUUCGCAAUCGAUCCUUCCAUAUCUCCUUGCUUCUCCUUCUCCUCUCCAUCUUCUUCAUCAAAAACCUUACCUUUACGAAACAACCUCCAUUUCCAUGGCAGACCUUCACCAAUAUCUCCACUCAUUUCAAAACCCAGUCGAAAAUUCCCAAUCUUCUCUGCUCACCAAACUAAUAACAGUGAAGAAGCGAAUUCAAAGCAGCAAGCAGAUGUAAAAACCCUAAUUAGGUCAUAUAAACAAGCUCUUCUCAACGGAGACGAAACCUCAGUUACAGAAAUCGAAACGAUGUUUUGCAAAAUCGAGAAGGAGAAGAAUAAAAUGGAUCAAAAGGUUUUAUCUUUAUCAAUGAAGAUAGCUUCAGAGAAAGAGAUGAAAAUUCGAUUACAAGCUGAUUUUGAUAAUACAAGGAAGAAGCUUGAUAAAGAUAGGCUUAGUACAGAGUCUAAUGCAAAAGUUCAGAUUCUUAAGUCUCUUUUACCUAUUAUUGAUAGUUUUGAGAAAGCUAAGUUACAGGUUAGAGUUGAUACUGAUAAGGAGAAGAAGAUUGAUACGAGUUAUCAAGGGAUUUAUAGGCAAUUUGUUGAGGUUUUGAGAUAUCUUCGUGUUUCGGUUAUUGCAACUGUUGGCAAGCCUUUUGAUCCUUUGUUGCACGAGGCUAUUUCACGGGAAGAAUCUGAGGCGGUUAAAGCAGGGAUAAUAACCGAGGAGCUGAACAAGGGAUUUGUUCUAGGAGAUCGUGUUCUGAGACCAGCAAAGGUUAAAGUUUCUUUAGGACCCGUCAACAAGAAGACUCCUUCAGCUGCUGAGGAAAUAACACCUUCUGCUUGAGUUCGAUGUCGGAUUCAUGAAUCAAAGCAUCUCUCACACAACAACAAGGAAACAGUGAUUCAAGAUUUGGGCUUGAAAUACUUCACACUACACAAGUUGUUACACUACAUUGCACACAUCCCCCACCAUAAAAGAGUCAACAACAUAACAGAACUCUUUUAGUGACUAAAACUGUAACUUGAAUCUUUCUGGAUUGUGACAUUGAAUAUCCUCUU